AUGUACACAAUCUUCUCCGUUCUUAUCCUCGCCGCUACUGCACUUGCUGCACCUGCAGCGAGAGCUGAAGCCGAUCCUCCUACCUUGGGUAUCAACCUCGGUGUUCCUACGCAAAAUAGCACUGGCCCAGACCCAUCUCAAGUAACGAUCAAUUCAAUUUCUUAUGGCGGAACUGGAUGCCCGCAAGGCUCUGUGGGUUCGUUCAUCUCAACAGACCGUACAACCUUCACUAUCAUUUUCGACACCUUUGUCGCUUCUCUCGGUACCGGUGUUGCUGUAACAGAAAACCGAAAGAACUGCCAACUGAACGUCAACCUUCAGUACCCAUCUGGUUUCCAAUACAGCGUCCUUGGCACGACCUUCCGUGGCUACGCCGACCUCACGGCUGGAGUCAAUGGUGUGCAAUCUGCUACUUACUAUUUCUCUGGAUCCUCAACUCAAGCAUCAUCCUCGACAACCUUCAAGGGGCCAACCAGCGGUGAUUAUGAAGUGUCCGACAGCAUUCCAUUCGCAUCCACCAUCUGGUCUCCUUGCGGCGCUGCACUACCCCUGAACAUUAACUCCCAAGUUCGCUUGACGGGCCCAAGUAGCGGAAGCGGUCUUCUGACUGAAGACUCUGUUGAUGGCAAGGUGGAAUUCGUCGUUGGUGUCCAAUGGCAGAAGUGUUAG